CACACGGUCCCACGCGUCGGCGGGUCGGACCCUCCUCCCGAGCCCGGCCCGUGACCUUCACGCCCGGCCCCCCGCCAUGCCCAGGUCGUUCCUGGUGAGGAGUCGCCGGCCGCGGCCCCGAGACUGGGCUCACCUGGCCGACCAGCACCGUGGAGACGCCUACGUGCCAGGUACCCCUGCCCGCUGCCCUCCGCCGGGGUGGGGAGAGAGAUCUCCGCGGACAGAGAUGCCGCAGCCUCCCUCGCUCUCCCCCACCCACCCCAGCUGCAAAGAAGCCUCUAGCCCUGUGCCCAAAUCCUCGACGCCCCCCCAUUGCAGCUUCGGGCGAGGGCCGGAGGAGGGGCCCCCGGGCAGGGAGCCCGGCGGGGACCGGCCGCCUCACCCGCUCCCGGCGGGGCGGGGGGCCGCGGGGGGGCUGGGCUGCCCGCUCUGCCCCAAAGCCUUCCCGCUGCAGCGCAUGCUGACCCGCCACCUCAAGUGCCACGGCCCCGCCCGGCGCCACGUGUGCCGCUGCUGCGCCAAGGGCUUCCACGACGCCUUCGACCUGAAGCGCCACAUGCGGACGCACACGGGGAUCCGGCCCUACCGCUGCGCCGCCUGCACCAAGGCCUUCACUCAGCGCUGCUCGCUCGAGUCCCACCUGGGCAAGGUGCACGGGCAGCCGCCCCGCUACGGCUACCGCGAGCGGCGCGAGAAGCUGCACGUGUGCGAGGACUGCGGCUUCACCAGCGGGCGGCCCGACGACUACGCCCGCCACCGCGCCCUGCGCCACGCGGCGGCCACCACAGGGGACGGCGAGGGCGUUUCGAACCACCUGGACUCUAUGUCUCGGUUCCGCUCGCCGCCCACCGGAAAACGUGCCUCUUCCGACGCCUGCACGACCGAGGACCGCCCGCCACACUCGUCCGAGGCCAUUAGACUCAUUAGUCUCUAG